AUCCCAUUCCUCGUUUCGCGCCUUCACUUGCAAGACAGACAAUCGAAGAAGUGAACAAUUGCCGAGCUGGUUGAAUAUCCUUAGACACCCCUCCGGGUUUCGUUGCCCUCGAUCAGGACCAGAUAAGCCAGAAGGAAAGACGAGGAGAGAAAAGAACGAGAAGAACAGGCAAAGAAGGAAACGUCUUCGCCCAAAAUGGUCGCCGACGCUCUCAUCUACCACCCCUCGGUGUCGCACUACCUCAAGUUCGUCGCGACGACGGUGGGCCGCGACAAGGUCCUGCGUCUCCUGCAGUACUUCGCGCGGUUCUACUCGUGGUAUCUCCUGCGGACGAACGCGACGCGGGCCGAGAUCGCGCCCUACGACGCCAUCAAGAAGUCGUUCGGGUCGACGCGCAAGCUGCUGCGCGUCGGCAAGAACGUCGAGCACAUCAAGGCCGCCGCCGUCGCCUUCGACUCGCUCACCACCAAGAACGCCGGCGGCGACGCCGUCCUCAAGUACCUCGCCCUCGGCCGCCAGAUCGGAUACGCCGGCUACCUGACCGGCGACGCGCUCACCGUGCCCACCGCGCUGAACAUCAAGGCUUGGGACGGCGCGAAGCGUGCUGGUAGGGAGGCGUACCGCUUCUGGGCCAUCGGACUGGCUUGCUCCGUUGUCGCGCAGCUGUACACGCUGAAUCAGUUACGUCAGCGCGAGGCUAAGGUCGAUUUGAAGGAGGGCGAGGGUGUGGUAGAGGCUAAGAAGAUUGCGCGCGAGCGUUAUGCCAGCCAACUCCAGCUCAUCUCCGAUCUGUGCGAUCUCACGGUCCCAACCUCGGGUCUUGGCUGGACCAGCUUCGACGACGGCUUUGUCGGUCUCGCCGGUACGGUCAGCAGUUUGAUUGGCAUCUACAACCAAUGGAAGAAGACGGCGUAGAUGAGGACCAGCAUCUGAGUGGGAGAUGAGGAGAGCGCGUUGAGUGAAUGAGGAGUGCUAAUCUGGGUUACGAGGAGUCUCGAAGGAAGGACCGUGAUGCGUUAGUUACAUCACGCCGAUAAGCAGCUGCG